GAACCAAAAAGAACAUUGUUUGAUGAGAGUCAAAGAGAGUGUAACCAGUCGAGCACAAAAAACCAUUCACGUUUCUUACAUAUAUAUAUUUUGAUUUGCUAUUUGAGCAAUUAACCAUACAAAAAAAGAUGUCUUUAUUGCGAGCUAUUUCAUUUGUAGUUGUGACUGUGUCCGCCAUUUAAACUAGAAAAAUAAACAGCCAAAACGUUUUUAUUUUCUGAAAAAUAAGUCGUAAUAUUAUUGAAAAUCGGCUUGAUCAUAUUGAGAAUUCGAAACAAAACUUUCAACAAUAAAAAAAUCGCGUGUUUUUAUCGUUUUUGGUUUGAAUGUGUCUACAUUUUGUACUUGAAUUUCGGAUUCGCCAUUCGGAUUCAUUGGGCAAUUUAUGGCGAAAAUGGACACAAAUGUGAUCAAUUUAGUUUCGUCGGACGAAGAGGAUAACGAUGGGAAAACAAAGAACAAAAUCAAGUCAAACAAAAAUAUCACAGUGAAAAGGGUGAAGACGUUGAAUUUACCGCAAAAUGUGAACAAAAUACAAACACAAACACAAAAAGUCACAUCGCCGAGUGUGCUACAUCCGCCGAACAACAACAAUAAAAAACAGCUACUAUUAACACAAACAUUUAAACCACAGAAGAUACUGCCGCAUAAGCAAUCAAACAAAGAACAACCACAGUUCGUCAUCAGCAGCAUAAAGUCAGGUAUUACAAUAACACCAGUUAAAAAUAAAGAUGUAUCGGUUACCAAGAGUCCGAACAAUUCAAUUGUGUCUAAUGUGGGUUCGACUACAAUUAAACCAAGAACUGAAACGGUAAAAAAUGUAUCGAAACCAAUUACACCACCGGCAACAGUUCAUGUUAAACCGAUUGGUUCGGUGAAUGUAGCCAUUGCUAAAAAGCCCACCAAACGAGUCACACCGCGCAAAAUAUCCGAUACCGUUACAAUGCGAACGAGUAGCAUGGAAAAGAGCAGUGAUUCAGAUAUGCAAAGUCGUGACAGUUUAUCAGCGGAUAGUGUACCGCAUAGUAUGCUAAAUGGAAAGAGUAAACGUACCGAUGAACAAGGCGAACCACCAAUGAAACGACCGAAAAUUGCCGCCAACGAAACAAAAACAUUUCACCCAGACUAUGUGCAUUUGAUUGAAGCGUGCAAAAAUGCCGAUUCAACGAAAGACAUGGACAAAAUUGUGACCAAACUGGAGAAAUACUAUCAUCGUGCCCACACGGAAUAUGUUAAUUCGAAAAGUUUUAACAAAAUUGUAAUAAAUGUAACAAAUGAAAUUAAGGCAGAACCGAAAUUGGUGUACAUGAAAAUUAAGGGUGUAUUGGAUGAAUUGCGAACACGACGGUCCAACGGUGAAAGUGCUGAACAAUUAAUUGAUGAUCCAGCAGUGAAGGAAAUGGAUGAGAAAAAAGCGAAGAAAAUACAAACACUAAGCGAUGCACUGCGAGUUCUACAAGGAAAAAUUCGAAAGUGUGAAGAGAGCGAAGUCGAUUGGGAUGAUGAAUUGAAUUCAAAGUACUUGAUGACGGAACGUUAUAAGAAACGAGCUUGUGACAUUUAUGAAAAACUAUGUGAUCUUACCGGCGAAUCGAGAUCGGCCGAACGUAUUGUGAAGAAACCAAUCAAAUUUAAUGAUACGGCGUAUCCCGAAUUUAAUCGGAAAUUGGAGAAAUUUAUCAAUGAAACAAAAUUAUUUCCCGACAUGUUUGAUGUGUUACGAAUUAUGGACCAUUGUAGUAAAUUAUAUGAUUAUCGAUUAAGUACAGAAGAUCGCAAACAAAUCGCACAACUGGCGUUCCAUAAAGUGGGAACUCUGUUGCAGAAACGUCGAAAGGCCGAUUUAUAUGAAAUGGUGCAAUAUUUCACAGCGAAUGAAUCAGAUCCGGCUGUAGAAGACACAUCGUUAAAAUCAAAACUGGAAGAAAACCAGCGACAUUACACCAAACGAAUGAAAGAAGUAAUCGAAAGAUUUUCAAUGCAUCACGGUGAUAGUGAAGCAAAAGAAGAUGAAAAAGAAAAGUCACCCGUCAAAAAUGUACCAAAAACCGUUUCCAGCAGCAAAAAAGUGCCAACAACAUCCUCAUCAUCGUGUAAGAAACCACAAGAUCCACCACCAGUAGUCAAGGACCACAUCGACUUGGUGAAUGAUUCAAUUGAAUACAUAUCCGAUGAUGGCGGUGCUGCAUACAACAACGUAGACGAAAUACUAAUCGAUGAACACGAUGUUGUUGAUUUGGAGAAAGAAUUUCUGCCAACAAUAACCAGUGUCACAUCACUGCAUCCGGAGGCGUUCAAUAAUUUAAUGAACUUCCCAUCGAGUCAAAGCACAGAGAUAUCAUAGCUAUGCCAGAGCUAGCUUCAUCAACCAUCGUACACCACAUGUGAUUAUCAAUAUCAUCUGAAUACAAAUUCAUUACCAAAUGCCAUAUACCUUAAUUUUCAUGACGUUCGCAUUCGAUUCGAAAUCGAUCAAAUUACAACUCACCGUAUGAUUCGGUUAUUCUAAUCCUAUUCUACACCUCAUCCCGAUUUAUAAUCGCCGAUUUUUAACUGUAACCUUUGGAAUUGGAAGUUUGGACAGUGCGCGACGAUUCAAACUAAAAAUGGGUUGUUAAAUGUUAGCAAUAAGUUUCAUUGUUAUAUUAUAUUUAUUCUAUCGCGAAUUUAAAACUAAGCAAAUUUUUAGAAUCGUCAAAAUCCAAACAGAGAUUCGUUAUUACAAUUUUUUAAGGAAUGAACACAAAAAAAAUUUGUAAAUCUUCGGCCAUUUUUCAUGUAUUUAGUUUCUUUUUUUUUGUUGGAAAAUGAUGCCAUUUUAAGUCACCAAUAUAUAUUUCGGCAACAGAUUAGCAAAACUCUUCCAGUCCCCCUAAGAUUUAUUGCUUCCUUUUGGCCGAGUAUUUCAUAUACUAUAUUAUUUUUAUAUCACAUUCAUACAGAGAGUACACACAGAAACGUCAUUAAACAAAGUUCUAAAAGAAUUAAGCGCAAAUAUUGGUUAAAUAUUGAGUAGAUAAACUGAUUUAAAUUUCCUGUGUAAAAAAAAAUCAAAUCAAAAAACGAUAGCGUAUACAGAAGAAAAAGAAAUCGAAGAAAUAAAACAAUUCGAAAUAUAUUCAAG